CAGCAGGAACGGGAGUUGGAGUACAAACACCGUCAUACUUUCAUCGGCACUGCAUCCUUAGACGAUUUCCUCGAGCUCCUUGAAAUGUCAAAGGACUACACUACUACUGACAAAGCGAGGGUUUCAAAAGCAUUUACUAUCUUAGCUGCAAAUGAGCAGAUUCAGGCACGGCAAGGAUCGUCAAAGGGAGAAGGAUGGGAAAUGGUAUUUCGAAUCACGCCUAAUCUUGCUGAGAGAUGUACCGAUUAUCUUACACAGGCCCAGAUUAAGCUUGGGGCACUAUCCCUUCGAAAUUUCCUAAAUCUCAUUCCUUUCGACGAAAAGGAGAUCACCCCCGCCAUGAGCGUAGUUGAGGCGUUUUGUGCGGCGUCACAUCUAGAUGCACAAGCAGGUGGCAAUGGGUCCAAAGCGAAGUCUUUUCGGAGUUGGGUGGUGCGA